AUGCAAAACGCUUGGGAGGCUAUUUAUUUCGUAUAUUCAUUUACGUACCUGGUCGGUAGAACAUGCACCGUAUCUUUAUACGCUGCGUCGAUUAACGACCAAAGCAAAAAGCCUAAAGCUGUUUUAUUUUCUGUACCUGCGGAAAGUUACGGGGUAGAGGUAAAUUUAAGAUUGAUUUAAAAUACUCAUAAAUAAUUAUUUCCCCAAAGAUGAAAAUGUUUUUAAAAAUAAAAACGCGGUUAAAAAUAAAAAAGCUAUUGUGAGUUUUAUUUUUGAAACAAAUUUUUUUUCUAACUUUGAACAUACUCAAAUUUUAAAAAUGUCCUUAAAUGUAUGUAUGUCUAUAUUUGAAUUGUUAAAUAGCGUUAUAACGAAUCAUAUAUAUGUUUUAUUUUUUGAUGACAGGUAGCAAGAUUUUUAACACAGGUAACAGCUGACGAGUUAGCAUUGACCGGAUGCAAUUUCUUUUCAGUCACUCGGACAUUAAUGUUAACGGUUGGUGUAUUCAUUUAAAAAUGUCUAAUUAUUAUUAAAAAUACUGAUGUUUAAUAAUUAUUUGUCACUACUAUUUAGGUUGCUGGUACUAUAGUUACUUACGAGAUCGUAUUAAUACAGUUUAACAGCGUUUCCAACGAAGCGACCGAUACAAACAACACUUUAAAUAAUUGCCCAUAA